AUGAUCACAGUGGAACGAGCAGCGAAAGAGUUUGACAAAGAGGGCAUUCAAUAUGCAAUUUUUUUUAAAGAGCCAGCUGGCAAAAAUGGGAAGCUUGGACGUCCUAAAAUCUUGUGUUCCGAAAAUAUCGAGACGAGAUUUGGACAUCCCAUGUAUGAUAAUUCGAAUAUUAAUAUGCCAACACCGUCUCUCUCUGCACACAGCGGCGAAAACGGAGAAAUUUGCAGCCAAUUACCUGCCCACAGAGAAACUGAAUUAUGUCUCGCAAAUCAGGAAGAUGUGCACAAAUUUUUGCGCGACGCGUUCCAGGCACUGAAUCAACUUUCAUGCAAAAUGAUUGCAAAGACUUGGAUCAAGAUCAUAGAGCCAAAAAAAAAAAUCAAGUAUCCAUACAUCAAGGGUAACAAGACCAGACCCUCAUGGUGGCCAUACGAUGUAGAACAUCGCGAGCCUGAUCAUUUGAGAAAACCACAACGGGUCAAGCUCAUGACAACGAUCGCAGCCAAGCUUCUGCCCUCUCUUAGACGGCAGUCAAUUUUUGCAGAACUUCGGGCGUCGACUGAUGCAAUUUCGUUAGUGACAAACGACAGUUUCAAAAAAUUGGUUCUGGAACAUGUGUAUCGUGUGUCUUGGGCUUUGUCUUUGCAUUUGACUUCGGUGAAUGUCAUAAAUCUGGAAUACGCUCUGUCAGUCAGAGGGUCGGCAGAAGGCACCAAACUUGGUGAUUCCAACAGCAUGGGACUGUUUAAGAUGUCUGAGAAUCUCCAUACGAAAGCGGUGGUGCCCGCUUAUGGGGAGCACGCAGUAAGAGAACUUCUCAUUGAACGGUUCGUGGACAGUUCGCUCGCAUAUAUGAAAAUCGAAGACGAAUCGCAGGGCAGAGAUCAAAGUGCGCUUUUCUUGGAUUUCUUCGAGAAAGAGCGGGAGAUCUUACCUUUACAAGUAUAA